UCCACCCCCUCUUUUUUUUUUUCCCUCUUUUUUCCUUUUCUCCUCCGACACCACCAAACCCGCAGCCGGAGCUGCCCUCAAGCCGCUUCCAUCUCUGCUCCUCAGCUCCAGCCGAGGAUGGAGCCUCCUGCCCGCGGCCCUCGUCCUCUCUCCUGGCCGCUGACCUGCCUGCUGCUGCUCUCCCUGCCCAGCUGGCCAGGUGUGGGUGCCCAGAGUGGGACUUCCAGGGUGCAGCAGCCCCAGGAGCAGCUCUUGGCGAUGGCAGGGCAGACAAUCACCCUGAGCUGCACCAUCUCUGGAGUGGGUCCCCCUGGCCCUGUGGAGUGGCUGAAGGGCUGGGGCAGUGAGAACAAGACCAUUUAUGUUCAGACCAGCUCCAGCCCCCGUGUGACCAGGGUGGAGGGUGGAUCCAACGAGGACUUCAGCAUCCAGAUCAGGGAUGUUCAGCCCGAGGACGCUGGCACCUACUACUGUGUGAAGUUCACGAGAAGUGGGCGCCCAGGUGCUGCUCCGCAGGUGUUCCAGCACGGGCAGGGCACAGUGGUGUCUGUGCAGGCCAGACCCAGGCAGCCAGUCGUGUCCGGGCCCGGGCGCAGGGCAGGCACAGGGGCAUCAGUGUCCUUCACCUGUGAGACUGGAGGCUUCUUCCCCAAAGACAUCAGCGUGAGGUGGCUCAAGAACAAGGCUCCCAUCUCGGCUCAGCAGCCCCGGGUCAGGCCUGGGCACAGCAACUCCUCCUACACCAUGUCCAGCACAGUGACCUUGGCGCUGGAGCCGCAGGACGUCCGCUCCCAGCUGGCCUGUGAGGUGCAGCACCCAACGCUGCCAGCCCCCCUGAGGGGCACCUACCAGCUGAGGGAAGCCCUGCGAGUGGCCCCCAGCGUUCGCCUGCUGCCCAAGGCCAGCUCCGUGGAGCUCAACAAGACCUGGACCCUCUCCUGCCGCGUGGAAGGCUUCUACCCGCGGGACCUGGCCCUGAGCUGGCUGGAGGGCGGCAGGGAGCUGCCGCUGCAGAACACCUCCCGGCCGGUGGAGACUCCGCAGGGCUUGUUCCAGCUGAGCAGCCUGGUGGAGGUGCAGGCCACGGAGGACAGGAAUGGGUCAGCCUUCACCUGCCGGGUGGUGCACGACGGCCAGGACCCCAUCAGCAGCACAGUCACCCUCUGGGUCGCUGUGCCAGCCAAGGAGGGGCUGGGUGAGCGCAGCCCAGCAGAGAAUGGCAAUUUGCUCAUCAUCUACAGCGUGGUGGGGGUGGUCUGCACGGUGCUGGCCCUGCUGGUGGCUGCCGUCCUCUACCUCAUCCGCACGAAGCAGAGCAAGGGUAAAAGCUCCCCAUCUGCCAGGUUACACGAGCCGGAGAAGAGCAGCGAGGCCACUACCCAGGAAUCCGACCCCAACAACCUGACCUACGCAGACCUGAACUUCGAGAAGGAGAGGAAGAGCAUCCGGCGGAUGGUGGAGCUGAGCCAGCAGUCGGAGUACGCCUCCAUCCAGGGCAGCCCGGCCCCCGGCGCCGACGACAACCUCACCUACGCCGACCUGGACAUGGUGCACCUCAACAAGGCGCCCAAGCGCCCGGCCCCGCGCCCCGAGGAGGCCAGCUCCGAGUACGCCAGCGUCCAGAUCCCCAGGAAGUGAGGGGGCUGCAGGGACCACGGCCCCCGCCCUCGCCACGCCCCUGCUCCUCCCCGGGAGGAUCCUCUCGGAAGCGCAGAGAGGGAUGUGAGGAUGAGCUGUGGUGACCGCGGGUUUUGGAUGGAGAUGGAGCCCUCAGAGCUGUGAGGGUCGAUUCCAUCCUCAGAGACCUGCUCUGGGGGUCAGUUUGGUCCUGGGGGCUGCCAGCUCCGUCCCUCUGGGAUCCCCCCCUCGUGGCAUGGAGGUCGUUCAGCCUCUGCGUGCCGGGGCCGCUGGGUCAGCCAGCGCUGCAGCAGCUCCUCCGGGAGCUCCAGCUGGGCUGAGGGGACAAGGACAGUGCCUCCACGCCGGCCCCCACCGGGAUGCUGCUGCCUGGACGUGCCCACACGGCUCCCUGCAGCUGCCCCCACCCCACAGGGACCAGCCAGGGUCCCCACGCUGCCUUCUGGGGCUCUUUGCCGCCUGGAAAAUGAACUCUGGGUUUAAAGGCAGGACAGAGGUGUCUGCCUCUCCUUCCCAAGUGUCCCUUCUGCAGCACCCCAGCCUCACACCAAGGCCAAGGAGGCUGGGGAGGAGCUUGGGGAGGCUGGAAAGCUUUCUGAGGCUGGGAAGUUGGUUGAGUCUGGGGAAGCUGGUGAAGGUGAGAGGAGCUUG